CAUCAUAAUGAUGAUCAUUCCUAUGCCAAAAAUAUAAUUAUUGACUGUGUUAAUGAUGAUUGCUUAGCUGAAAUAUUCAUGCAUGUGCCAGCAUGUGAGAGACUUAAAAUUGCACUGGUAUGCAAAAAAUGGAAAAGAGCCCUGAAUGAUUCUUGGUUUAAUGUCAAAAAACUUGAAUUAACUUAUUGGAAAUAUCAUGAGUUUCCAAAGUGUUUAAAAAAAUAUCAAACAGCUGAUGGAAAAUUGAAUUUUUUAAACUCACUGCUUGAUAAGUGUGGUCGUUAUUUAACAACAUUAGACAUCACAGCUUAUGGUCAUUGUAACAUAGUGCCAGUUAUUAAUGAUUGUUGUCCAAACCUCACAAAACUUCGAUUGAGAUUCAUUGAUACUAACGAUGCAAUGUUAUCCAAUGCAUUUACACGUCUAUCUAAACUAAAGUCUUUGACAAUUAUAUUUCAAAAUAUGAAAAAUAAAAUAAUACCUGUGACUUUAAUAAAUUCAUUGAAAAACGUUGCUGAUACAUUGAUGGAACUCAAUUUGUUAAAUUUUGUCAAUCACUUGGAUGACAGUUGUGAUUAUCCAAAAGAAUUUAAUUGUGUGAUUCGUGAACUGAAAGUCAUGAAAAAUUUAGAAGUUGCUGGUAUACGAGUUUUUGAGGAUAUAUACAAGCAUAUCAUAGAUAAUAAAUUUUUAUUUUUUUUUAACCAUACUAAUUACCUUAUAAAACCUCCUUAUCUAUCACAUCCGUUGAUACAUAUCAGAACAUUGGAUUUGAACUGGUGCUAUAUUAAAAAUGAUGGUUUGUAUACUAUUGCCAAUACCAUCAAGUGGUUAGAAUUAUUAGAGAUACCUUGUAAAUUUAUAACCGAUGAUGGUGUAGUGGCACUUUCAAAGAUGAAUAAUUUACGAUAUAUUUAUUUAAACGGUCACAGUAACAUCACUGAUUCUUCAAUAAAAUUGCUCAAAAAUAUAGUAAAAGUAUGUUUACCACGAAGCAAUAAAAUAACUGAUGCUUCAGUCACAAAACUUCUUGAAAAUUCACCAAACAUUGACUACCUUUUUCUUCACGACACAAGUGUGACUGUUGACUUUGUUAAAAAAGCAGCAGAAAUAUCAAAUAAUCGAAAACAACUUUUGACGUUCAUAAUUUCAUUUAUACCUGAUUUAAAACAAUAUACAUCGGAAUAUUUUAAAAUAUAUACUAUUGAAAAUAUAGUAAAAAAAGAAAAAAAAUAGUACAUUUUGAUACAAAUGCUCACGUAGAUAGUGUGCAAUUUUUAUCAAUUAAAAUAUAAGAAAUUUGUUUUCAAAUAUAAUAAACAUAUAUUUAUUUAAAAAAGUUAAUUACGAAGAUGAAAUGUUUAAAAACAUUAUCAAAUGUAAAAACAACAACAAGAUAUUAUAAAUUAAUUUGUUAAUUUAAAAAAAAAAAAAUAAUUGCAUAAAGUAUUUUUUACACCCCUUCUAUAAAAAAAAAAUACAAUGAUUAAGAUACAAGUUGAAAAUAAAAAAAAAAAAAGAAGAAAGUUGGCUUGUGCCAACAGUUACCAAGUUACAAAUUUAUACAUAUAUAUAACAAUGCAUUACAGUGCACUUAACAAUAUACCACAAUGUAAAUGCAUAUAAUAUACUCUCUUCCUUCAACAGAUAAUUUUUUUUGUCAAUAUUUUUUUUAAAAACUAAUUAUUCCAUGAUAAAUAUAAUGAUUAUAAUUAUUUA